AAACAAAAUUUUUUUUUCCCAAAAACUUAGUUCUUCAAAGAAACGCAGCCCUAUUGUUUGGGGCUCCAUCAGAGAAAAUCGUCGUCUUCGCCGCAGAAUCCACGAGCAGGUCCCGGAUUUCCGCGGAACUUUACAGCAGAAAAUUAUUAUCUAGAGUAGUCUAUAAGAGGUCAGGCUGAGUCGAGUCACGUUCGAGAGCAGUUCUUUCUGCAGGUCCGAGAAGAUUAUGGCACAGCCUGCAGAUCCUUCUGCGGCCGCCUCAUCUUCCAAUCCGGAUGCUACUGCUAAGGUGAAGCCAGUUGUUGUUCGGGUUAAGCGGAAGUCUUCUCAGGCCAGGCUGGAUGCAUUCUGGCUAGAGAUCAAUGAGAGGCCGCUAAAGAGGCGGUUGCUGGAUAUUGGGAACCUCUCCAUCUCCAGUUCCAUCUCAGAACAAGGGGAAGCUAAACCAAAGAAGCUUUUAGUGCAGCACGUUGAGACUGUAAGGCAGUCUGAAGAUAUCAAAGAUGUUUUGCAUUCUUUUCUGCUUGAUCCCAGCGGUCAGGAGGAGCCGAAGAGUAAGAAUGUGGAGCGGAAGAACAGAUUCAAACAAGAUAAUCAGAAGCAAGAUAAGCUGCGUUCAAUAGCAAGACAAAACCAUGAGGAUCGAGUAAGAAGUGCUCGCUUUGAACAAAUAUGGAGAAGUAGAAAAGGGGGCAGAGAUGCAGAUAAUGAAUCUUUGAGAGAAAUAUGCCAUCUUUAUGAUGUUGUUCGAGUUGAUGUUGAGGAUGAAGAAUCUGAAAGGGUACAAAAGCAAAAAGGUUCUUCGAUAGAAGAUGAUGCAAUUUUGUGUAAUUAUCUGCCACUUAUAAGGGAGUACAUACCGACAGCUGCCGCAGAGAUCGAAUCAGAUAUCUUUUCUCAUCAAUCCAGAGAAGAUAAGUACGUUUACGACCUAUAUACUGUGGAGGAUGGUGUGGAUAGCAACAUGGAGGAUGCGGAAACCAACUAUCCACUGGUGCAAGUUGAUGACGACGAGGAUUACUACGACGGCCCUGAACACUCUGAAUAUGAAACUGAUGAUUCAAAUGCCGAAGAUAACCCUCUCAAUGACUAUCCUGAAGAAGAAUCAUCUGAGGAUGAAGACGAUGAGAACAAAGACCCUUUUGACGACUUAGACGGCUCCGACUCUCAAUACGAGGAUGAGGUUGUUGAAAUCGACGAAGAUGAAGAGAACUGGAGAUGGGAGCAUCGCUAACUCCAUCGUUGUAUAAAAGAUAUUAACCUCAAAGAUGUAAUGACCAUACUAAACUUAUCAUCUGACUAGUAACAAACCUUUUGUAUUUCGAAAAGUGCUCUCUUUCAGUAUGAAGUAAUCAAAUCAAAGCAUGUUUCUAAA